AUGGAGCCGGGCGUCAUUCUUCCAAUCAAAGACGACGGAGGCGGUGGCGAGGGCAGCGGCGGCAAGUUGGCAGUUGCAUUCCAGCUGUCCUCGGAAGCGGGGUGCAGCUGAUCCCCGGCACCAAGGCAAUGUUUCUGAUGGCCGCAGGGGCUUUGAGUUCAGAUCCACGCCUCGAAAGAUCCUGGUGGCUGUUCAUCGCCUACAUCACUCUCUUCCUCUUCUCUUUGCUCGUGUGGAUCCUCUCGAAUCCAAAGUCAGCCCCGAGUUCUGCCCAACGUCACCCGGGCAAGCUGUUGGCCGCCGCCUGCAUCCUCAGAGUCCUCACUCUGGCUUUCCAAGCAUGGUGCGGCCUCAUCCCGCUGAAGCAUCUCGGAGCAGCCGUCCCAGCUGCGCUACAGGUGUCGAGGACGACAACUCUGCCCCUUGCUAACUGCUGA